AUGACUCCAGUUUUCCUCCUCCUCAUCUUCCUCUCAGUGGCAGAUGUUUCUCUGAGUGCACCAGCCAAAACUCAGAAUCAACCUGAUGGAUCUGAGUUCAUCCUUCAAGCCCCAAAACCUAAUCCUGACUUAGAAAUAUCUAUAGAGUUUGGAGACAUUGUUGUAAUGAAUGAUUCACUCACGAAUGCAUCCCCAUGCACCGCUGAAGACUGCAAGUGGCCCAAAUCUGGAAAGUAUGUCAAUGUCCCAUACUUCAUCUCCACUGAGUACACUCAGGAAGAACGCAAAAUCAUCCUUGGAGGACUUAAGAGCUUUAAUUUGUCUACCUGCAUUCGCUUUGUCCCAUGGGAUUCAACUCAUCGUGAUUACAUCUACUUUGAACCAAAGGCUAGAUGUUCAUCCCCUAUUGGCCGUAAGGAUAAGGGUCAAUACAUCUCCUUGGGAAAAAAAUGUAUGAGACCCUCCACAGUGCAGCACGAGGUCAUUCAUGCUCUGGGCUUCCAUCAUGAGCAGUCCCGCUCCGACAGAGACCAAUACGUUUUGAUCAACUACGAAAACAUUAAGCCAGAACAYGUGAAAAACUUCAGAAAGGUGGAGACAAACAACUUGGGAACUCCCUAUGACUUCCACUCCGUCAUGCAUUACAGCAAGUAUGCCUUCUCCAAAAAUGAGAAGCCAACCAUCGUUGCCAAGGCUGAUCCUAACUAUGACUGGGGACGUGCCAAGAAGAUGAGCUCCAAUGACAUCGCCCGUAUCAACAAGCUUUACCAAUGCUAACAUGGUGGCUUCGAAUGGAUCGAAAUCUUGAUCCACCUGCUUAUCCACCUGCUGAUGCUAAACRGCUUUACUCCAAAC